AGCAUGCAUAACAAACCCGAUUUUGAUGUACACUUGAUGCAAUGUCCGGGAUUUUGCCACAAGCGCUGAUGCUUUUGGAGGCGAUCACUGCAUGGAUGCUUGCAACCAGUUCAGCUGUUGCCGAUGCUGCAACAGCUGCUGGAGUGCACAAUGAAGCAUUGACCGUUGGGAGCAGCAUACUUCUGGCAGCUCUCGUGGGUGCCCUGGCACUUUCAUUGAAGAAGGAAAAGGUCAGUUCGUUUCCUCGGAAUGACUUCAGAGAUGAUUUCCGGAAGUCAAUGCCAGAGAACCUGACAGAAGAGGAUUUCAUCAACAUGGGUAUGCCAGCCGAACCUCACCUCGAAGGAGGGUUCCUGCCACCAACGCGGCUUAUUCACAGCAAUAGCACUGAAGCUUUCACAUUUGACAACGAGAAUUGCAGUGGCCAGUUCCUGGUGCUGCAUCGUCCAACUCAUGACAGUAGAUUAGAUGCAUCUGGUGCCUAUCGAUAUGGCGACCACUUCGCUGGAAAAAAGCGAUUGUGGGAGCUACGCUUCAGGUUCCAUUUCAAGCGUCGGGUUUCACUCUCGGACCUCUUUUUUGGUGCUGAACUGGAGGAAUACGUGCCUGUGAAUGCUGCCACAAAAAGAGUGAUGGAUCUCUCAGUGGCUGGCAUGCGCCAAGUAGUUGGCGACCGUUUAUAUCACACUCUUGGUGAUGAAAGUGGAGAUGGAGAGAGGGAAAGGCCUGCCAUUUUGCUGCCACUUUGGGCCUUUGACCAAUUCAUCGAGACUGCGGAGGGUGAGACUCCUCCCGAUUUGACAGAUCCCAAUCUCCCUGCCUAUGGGCACAAACGAGUGGGUCAAAUCCGCGAAUACAAGCGCAUGAUUGAUGGUUUAGAUCUCAGGCCUGGACCCACUUUUACCUUUUGUUUCUGGGGCGUGUCCAGAUUCUGCGAUGUGAUGCUGUGGCAGGCCAGUGGCAUUCCGAUCUUCACACCGAUCGAUCUUAACCUCUACUGUGGUAAGCCUCCUCUCAACUUGGUCCUGUACACGCUCAAAGGUGACGAGGAGGACAAACGCCACCUACAGUCCAGGAAAACCUACUACUUUCGGUGUUGCUUCUGGAGCUCGCUGAAGCGCCCAGACAAGGUGCUGUUUUUUGAUGGAGAUCCAUGCUUGAAGCUUGAGGGUCAGAGUGAAACAUGAAAACGCUUUGAGGAUGUCGUUAUGAAGCUUGCUGGACGUUCCCUUGAUUUGUUGAAGCGAAGACGGAAACAUCUCAGUAAUUUGCCAAAAGCACCUGCACCUCUUUCCAUUUUUGGGCUCAACGUUUUUCAGUGCUGUGUAGACUGUGAAACGGCCCCGUUUGCAACUAGUUGCGCUUCGUAGCCAAGCCGUGCACUGUGCCGCAA